AUGAACCCGCAGAUGAACCCAAACUUCAACCAAGGGUUCAAUCACCAAAUGAACCCUCAGGUCCGAGCUGCUGGGGCUAGGAAUCCUCAAAUGAACUUCAACCAGCGUCCAGCACAUUUUCCGAACAUCAGAACGGGCUUCCCCUCGACCGGUUAUCCGAAUACCGGUUUUCCGGCUCACAAUCAGCAGGGCUUUCCUGGCCAGCCCAACAACUCGAUGGGCUACAAUCCGAACCAGUACCACGACCCGUCGCAAGGUAUGGGCAAUCCUCAGAACAUGAUGAACCCGGCGAUGCAGAAUCAAGCUAAUCAGCAUAGCUGGAAUCAACAAGCUCAUAUGCAAGGGCAGCAGCCUCAAAUUCAGCAAAUGAAUAGCAACCAGCCGCAAGUGUCGCAAGCGAUGAGCCAGCCGCACAGAAUGAGUGGUAACUUUGAGCAAAGUAAUAUGGCGGCUCAGAAUCAGAACCAAAUGGUGAACCAGCAGCAGGUGCCGACGAGCGUCCAAAAUGUCCAAAACCAGGCGCCAAUUCCACAGCCACCUCCGCAGGAGCCAUCCCCGCCACCCAACCGCCCCAGGAACAUUUUCGAUGAGCUACUCGAGAGCUCCGAAGAUAUCUUCGCGCGGCUCAUCGCCAAGGAAGAAAUGAUUGGAUGCUGCGACAAAGACGAGAUUCACGUGGGUGUCGAGCACUCGGUCAACAAAUUCAUUCAGAAAGCCCAGGUCGUCGAAUUAUUCUUUAAUCAGAGAAUUGCAAAGCAAACGCGCGUUUGCCAGCAAGAUGUUUUGAUGGAAGAAAUAAAAGACUUGAAAGCUGAAAUUCACAGAAAACAAAACUGGAUAGAAGGCAUUUACGCAAAAGCGGAGAGAUGGCACGACACAACGUCUUUCGCUGACAACUCAAAGAAACCGGAUGUUGGGAAGGACGGAAUACACGCACUUGAAAGCAUGUCACCGGCAAGCUAUCGGAAGAAAUAG